CAUUUUUGUUUGAGACAGGAUGACAGGAGGACGGAGCAGACGAGAAGCUCAUUUAGCUAUGAAAUAGGCUGGAUGACAAAAUAAAUUCUGUUUUCAAUGGUAUGGGCAUAGAGCUACUGGGACCACCGACGCAGCUCAGUUAAACGAGUUUGUUCUGCGCCUUCAAAGGAACUGUAAGAAUUUUAAAGGAAGUUUCUUGGAUGUUCUGUUCGUUUUCCUAUGGCGUAGCUAACCACCCGUCUUUUAAAAAUACAAGUAUUUUUAUUUUUGCCUUUGGAGGGGGACCUUCCGAUUUAAUAAAUAUUCCGCUUUUUAUCGUCUUAUUUUAAAUAAAAGUAAAACAGAUGUGUAAUGCAAGAAAACGCUGAAGUAGGAGUAGCAACGACCACCAGACAUUUUUCGGAUGUUCGCUGGCGAUUGUCAAGAAGUGAAUUUGUAGCGAACGUUAGCUAGUUAGCUGGCUGUCUAUAUGGACAGUUAGCUGAACAAUUGUUAAAGAAGAAAACGGAAAACAACAUUGACAUUUUCUCCUGGAAGGUCACGCACCAAAGGAUAACAUUCGACCAUGACAAGUAAUAUUCCGGCGGAUAUGAUAAACCUGAGGCUCAUCUUAGUGAGCGGGAAGACGAAAGAGUUCCUGUUCUCUCCCAAUGACUCCGCUGCCGAUAUCGCCAAACACGUCUACGAUAACUGGCCAAUGGACUGGGACGAGGAGCAGGUCAGCAGCCCCUGCAUCCUGAGACUCAUCUACCAGGGGAGGUUCCUCCAUGGCAACGUGACGCUAGGAGCAUUAAAGCUUCCCCUUGGCAAGACUACAGUGAUGCACUUAGUUGCCAGAGAGACGUUGCCGGAGCCAAAUUCACAAGGUCAGAGGAAUCGUGAAAAGACUGGAGAAAGCAACUGCUGUGUGAUCCUGUGAAUGCAUUCGGUUGUUUCCUGUAACCAUGCUGUAAUAUAGUCUUUGUCUCUCAUGCUGCUGAAACAGACAUUUAAUCUUACUUUGAGGACCAGUAGAAGCAGUUUGUUUAUAAGAAACCAGAUUUUAAAAUAAUGUCGCUCUGAACUGGAUCAUCAUAUUUUCACGCGUGUCAUACCUCAGCGUCUGACGUCCUUCUCUUUAACCUUGAAUGGCGGACUGCUGCGUUUAAACAUCGUGUCGACCCCGGUAGAGUCAGUUUGCACAUGAAAAGGGCAGUAUUUUUGCUUAUUGCACAGGGUAAUGAUGUGAAGGUUGCUCUUAAAUCUUCACAAAUAGGAAAGAGUAUAUUUGUCUACCUCCUUUGGAGGGGCUUAUACCUGGUGGUUUUAUUAAUGGUAAAGGUUUUUUGGGGAAAGGUUUGGGUCUUCCAUACAGGUUCACAGUGGAGGAUUAGGAUGCGGGGUUUUGGAUGAAAGGGAGGUUGCUUCAUGUUUUACCACAUAAAGCUAUAACAUAUCUCACAACCACUUGAGCUACACUUCAUCUUUUUAUGAUUAUUGAUUUUAGCAUUAUAAGACUAAUCAGUAAUGUGCCUAUAGUCUGAAUGCAAUCAGUGAUGAGUUUACCUUUUAUUUCCCUUCAAAGAUAAUUGUGUUUGUGCAUUCCAGAAGUGCAAAUUAUGGACAAAUUCCCCCAGUAAUAGCAGGGGUGCUUUUCCUAGCCUUAUUAUUUCACCAAGUCUUCAGUGCAAACCCAAAGCUAAUUUCCAUAGCGUUUAUCCCAUUGCAUUUGUGACUGUGUUUUGACAGUCAUUGUGCGUCAUGUGAACCUUAAUUACCCAGUGUUGUGUCCAGCUGUACAGAAUGGUUAUAACAGAUAUUACUACUUAUUUCCUUUCCUUUUGAACAUAGUAUUGCUCAUUAGUGCCUGCAGUCCAAGUCAGAGGGUAAAUUAAAAUCAUAUUUCUUAAAAAAAUAAAUAUUUUCUUUGCUUAAUCAAUUUGCACGAAAUUGAAGCAUGAGCUGUUUCAUCUUAACCUGUACAUUUUUUUAUUAAAUAUUUUUCAGAUGGGAAUGGUGUUCCAACCUAAGGACAUGUAUGUGUAGAAUAUAUAUGUUUAAUAUGAAUCUUAUAUGCAGUAGUAUAUACAUCCAUGACAGAAGAUAUUACUGAAAUAUAUUGGUGUUUAGUGUAGGAUGGUCUCUAUACAAUAGAUAGCUUAUUAGCAGUUGAAACAUGAUGACAUCGUCUUGUACCUGAAAUGGCACACCCUAACCAAUAACUCAAGUUGCUGUAAUAAGUAUGUUUUCCCCUCUGAUUUUAUCUCCCCUGUUUUUCAACUGCUUAUACAGUAAUUUAAUGCAAUCACGUAUUAUGUGGUUAUUGCUUUAAUGAGAUGCAUCAUAAGGCAGUUCUAGGUCUUUAAGAAUAUUGUUCAUAUUGAUCAAGAUUCAGAGCAGUUUUCAAACUGAUUGUAUAUAGCACUGCAUUUUUCUUCAAAAAAAAUCUGUUAAGUAAAUAAAUAAUAUUGAAAAGUGA